CCCACCUAUCAAAGAGCUGGAUCACUUUUCAGAGCUGAAGUAUUGAAAACUUGUUCGACGUCUGAAAUUUGACGGUGUCCCUAAAAUCGAAAGCAUGAGAAAAGAGCUCGUAUUCGUUACAAUCUAAAAAGUCUCCAACUCUCAAGUAAAUGCAUUGCUGGGAGCUAUCACCUGCUUUUUAACGCGUGGAGUAAAAUUGCCGACAUCAAACCAUAGGCCAUCACUAAAUCUCAACAUCUCUUUUCUUUCUUGGUUUCGACAAGAGUUGGAGAUUUCUUGUAUUAACAUCGCACUCGAGCAUAUACGAACACUUUUCCAGUUCACUCAAGGUGUUGGGUUCGGGAAGGCUUUUUGAAGAAGUUAGUUUUUAUAUAAAAACAAUAUAAUUGUUUUAUUCAGAAGAUGUCUGGUUCUAGGCAUUGGAGUGGGGUCCAGAGUUGGUUGGUGGUAGCGUGCCUUAUGAUUGUGGUUGAAUAUUCGACAUGUACUCUCCUAGAAGAAAUGGACCUCAUGAGACACAGGAAUGCAGAGAAAAAGGGCGGUCUAAACUGUAGACAGUGUUCAGUGAACAAGGAAUACCUCAUCUCACACAUGGACACUUGCAAAAAUAUCUGUACCAGGCCUUUGGGUAAGAGAGGAUUCGAAGCUGAGGAAGAACAGGAUAACAACAGUGAGAAGAACUCAUCAGUGAAGUCCAGCCAAUGUGUGAUUGAUCCUCUGUACUAUGCUUUAUCUGAGGAAGGCAAGAAACAAGUUAUGCAGGUCUUGACGGAAUGGCUCUGAUGAGAAACUGAUAUGUUUCCGUGUUUUUAUCCUUUCAAAAUAAGUCAUCAGUUU